AGCAGCAGCGAGGUGUAUCGCCCAGAGACCAGACGCAGCGCACGCCAAUCCAAUGCGCGCGAUGCAGGACGGAAUACGUGCAUGUCACAGUUGACAAACGCGCACGGCGGAAUAACCUUCUGAUCUAUAUCCAUGAGCUUUACGUGCCAUGACUAUCGAUCGAUCGAUAGAUAGAUCUUGCUCGAGGAGAUAGAUCGAAGGGAUAAAAAGGUGAGAGAGAUAUAUGAUAUAUCCACCGCGUUCGACACAAAUCUUUCUUCCAAUAAUUUUCUUUUGCAAAGCUUUGUCACUGGCUCAACAUGACGAUAUAUCGGUUAAGUUAUAUGCCUUAUUCUCAGCAAAGCUCAUCAUCGUUCAUGUAGUGGCCGUCUCCAGUGGCUCGAUCGGUUAGAUUGUGCCUUUAUUCUCGAUGCUUAGCUUUUCUCCCCUGCUUUGACCCCACAAGAGAAUCUGCAUCUAGCUAGCAGAGAGCUCAUCGUCUUCCAGGCUUCCAGCCCGGCAGGCUGCUAUAAGUAGCGCUGCUGCUGACGAGCUGAUCAGCGCUGCAAACACAUCGAUAACCAGUUCAGAAAGAGAAUUUGCUGUGUGAGACUCGAUGGCGUCGAUGUCGGUGAGCUCGUCGAGGGCGCCGCAGUGGACGGCGAGGCAGAACGAGCAGUUCGAGCGGGCGCUGGCGGUGUACGACAGGGACACGCCGGAGCGGUGGCACAACAUCGCGCGCGCCGUUGCGGGGAAGUCCGCCGACGAGGUGAAGCUCUACUACGACCUGCUCGUGGAGGACGUCAAGCGCAUCGAGACCGGGAAGGUGCCCUUCCCCGCGUACAGGUGCCCCCAGCCCGCGAUUGCAGGCUGAAAGCACCUCGAUCUGAACGACUGCACCUGAAGAUCUAGCUAUGCGGCAUGAAUAAUAUCCUAGUCUGCACUCUGUACUACGUUGAUCAAUCGAUCUCCCGCGAGCGUGCUUAUUUGUAAAUUUAUGCACGCGUGCAAUAAUGUAAUUAAUAUAUGUGUAAUAGCAUAUUUGGGGGUAAUGAAUGACACUCCUACACCUAUUAGUUUGAAGUGUAAAUACUGAAUCGAAUUUCUAAAUGUUUCCGAUAAAAAAA